AUGCAUCUCUACAAUGCAUGGUUGCCGCCACCUGUGGCGGCUCAGACCGCCGCCGAGAGAGACUCCUUCGCUCGCAUCAUCGCCGCCGUCAACUCGUCUUUCAACCGUGACGAUCCCGAAUCCGUUUAUUCAACUCUCAAAUACAUCUCCGUCCUUGACCUUUUCAUAAAGGCGAAAAGUGUUGUGUCUUUGGAGGAUGUCCACACCCUUAUUCAGACCGGCCUUGAACUAUUUCACAUGUCUCGUAAUAAGCUUUAUGCCCAGGUUAGGUGGGGAAAUUUAUUAGUCAGACUACUCAAUAAGUAUAGGAAAAAGAUUGCACUGACUAUUGAAUGGAGGCCUCUGUAUGAUACACUGGUUAGCACACAUUUUACCAGAAGUACAGGCCCAGAAGGUUGGAGAGUAAGACAAAGACAUUUUGAAACUAUAACUUCACUUGUUCAGUCCUGCCGAAGAUUCUUCCCAUCAGGUUCUGCCUUUGAGAUAUGGUCCGAGUUUAAAUCUUUAUUGCAAAACCCAUGGCAUAAUUCAUCCUUUGAAGGAUCUGGGUUCGCUAGACUGUUUCUCCCAACAAAUCUGGACAAUCAGGCCUUUUUUACACAUGAUUGGAUUACAGAGUGUCUAGACUUGUGGGAGUCUAUACCAAAUUGCCAAUUCUGGAACAGUCAGUGGGCGGAUGUCAUAGCCCGUGUUGUAAAAAAUUAUCACAAUGUUGAUUGGGAGGGUCUCUUGCCUUUGCUUUUUGCUAAAUACUUAAAUAUGUUUGAGGUUCCUGUUGCAAAUGGAAGUGGAUCAUAUCCCUUUUCACUCGAUGUCCCAAGAAACACAAGGUUCUUGUUUUCCAAUAGAACUUCCACCCCUGCAAAGGCUAUCUCCAAGUCAAUUGUAUAUUUGCUAAAACCUGGUAGUUCCGCAAAACAGCACUUUGAGAAAUUGGUCAACAUUUUGGAACAAUAUUAUCACCCCUCAAAUGGUGGUCGUUGGACUUACUCACUGGAGAGGUUUUUGUUUCAUUUGGUGAUUCAAUUUCAGAAGCGUUUACAGAAUGAGCAGUUGGGCAUAAAUAAUUGUAGACCUACUGAACAGCAUCUUGGAGAAUCAGAAAGGGUAUUCUUUGUGAACACAAUGCUUAAAUUAAUUGAUCGGGGACAAUACAGCAAGAAUGAGCACCUCUCUGAGACAGUUGCUGCAGCAACUUCUAUACUUUCUUAUGUGGAACCCUCAUUGGUCCUUCCAUUUGUGGCAUCUCGGUUUCAAAUGGCCCUUGAGACGAUGACUGCCACCCAUCAGUUGAAAAUUGCAGUUAUGUCAGUGGCAUUUGUUGGGCGUUCACUAUUUUAUACAUCUGUAUCAGCUUCUUCCAUCAAAAAAGUGGAUCUUGGUGGUGGUGAUGAAACAUUCAUUGAUCUUAUUGGGGUUUCAUUAUCCAAUGCAUUACUUGGCAUGGAUGCCAACGACCCUCCGAAAACUUUAGCUACUAUGCAAUUAAUUGGUUCCAUAUUUUCAAAUUUGGCUUUAUUGGAUGAUAAAAUUGAUGACUUAUCUUUUAUGCCAAUGAUCCGUUUCUCUGAGUGGCUGGAUGAGUUCUUAUGCCGUCUGUUUUCCCUACUUCUACACUUGGAACCCAGCAGUGUUUUAAAUGAAGGUCUUCACUCAUCAGCUUCGUCAGGAACUUUCCUAGUUGAUGAUGGUCCAUACUACUUCUGUGUUCUUGAAAUUCUUCUUGGGAGGCUUUCAAAAUCACUGUAUAAUCAGGCCUUGAAGAAAAUUUCCAAGUUUGUGAGGACAAAUAUUCUUCCUGGUGCUAUUGCAGAGGUUGGUCUGCUCUGUUGUGCGUGUGUUCAUUCCAACCCGGAAGAAGGAGUCAGUCAACUUGUUGAGCCAAUAUUAGUGUCUGUGAUAUCCUCUUUGAAAGGAACACCAGGCACUGGAUUUGGAGGAGCUGGGACUUUUGAUACUUCUGCUUCAACCAAGGUACCUGGUUUUGGUCAGUUGUGA